UCAUGACAAUUUCAGAUUGUAAGAUUCUAUUCAAGAAAAGAAAAUAUUUUAAAAACUAAAAAUAUUUUCCAUUUAAAACAGUAAAAAUGUUGAAUAAUGACCUGAACCAGUCUGUGGAAUUAAUUGAGAAGGUUAAGCUAACUGUGGACAGGCGUGACAAUGGUUGGCUUCAACUUCAUGUUUGCCCGGAGUUCAGGAAAACAGGUGUAUGUGGAGCUGAUGCUAGAGCUGAACUAUGUAUCUAUGCUCAUCCUCCCCCAGAGAACAGAAACCUACUUAUUCUUAACUCAGGCCUCAACAAUGAGAUAGUUGUCUGUUGUUUUGAGGACGUAUUCCGAACGUGUGCCUGGACAAACUGUAAAUUCUACCAUCCACCAGAUCAUCUCAAAAAUCUUGUCAAAACUAAUGGAAAAAAUAAUCUUAGACUCAGGAAUGAGCUGAAACAAAGCUUGGGAAUACAAAGCAGACCUCAGAAUACUCUGAUUACCCCUGUUGGUGUUCAACCAAGUCCCCAGCUCCCCUACUAUUUUCUUCCUCACUACCCUACCCAAUACUACAAGCAAGGUGUGGGUCCCUCUGUUUACACUGAACAAGCUCCUGUACUAUAUAAGGACGAUGAGGUUGAGAGAGAUGUGAUACCACCCGGUGAGUCUAUCUCUAAAAAAAGAAGUAGAACUCCUGAACCUGUCCAAGCUGGUUCAAUUAAGAGAGCACCAUCUCUUCCUCAACCUUUUUAUGAUCCCUUCAGAAGAUAUGUUGUACAGGAUGUAGGAAAUGUGGGAGGAUCUAUGGUAUAUCCCCCUCCAAUGGAUAUUUAUGGGCUCAGUAUGUUUUAUCAGAAUCCAGGAACUGUACUUCCAAGUUAUCCUUACCUUCUUAAUUAUAGCAGCGGAGGAUUUGGAGGAAUGCCGCCACCAAUUGAUUCAGGAAUCAACUUUGGAUUAGAACAAUUUCAAAUCCCAACUUUAACCUCCAGCAGAAAUGUUAUCUAGUUUCCACGUAAUUGAUUAAUUUCUAUUUGUCAUAUGUUCAAAGGGUUUCCUUAAGGGCAGAGAGAAAAUAAAAUUUAAAGUAUUAUUUGUCUACAAUCAGCAAAAUUUAGGAAGUAAGGCACAUUUUAUUCUUAGUAAAAACUUGCAUAAAAUCCAAGACACGCUUUGCUAAUUUGUUCGGGGCUUUUCUGCAAUUCAUUUUUAACUUUUCGCUUACAAAACUGUUAGAAGAUAUUUUUAGCUUGAUUUGCAUUCCUUUGAUUGAUUCUAAUUAUGAUAAUUUAUUAAAAUCAUUUAAUAAAUAUUCCAAUAUUUA